AUGGAUCAAAGUAUACAACGUGCUCUGAAUGAUAAGCUUUACGACAAACGGAAAGUCGGCGCGUUAGAUCUUGAACGGGUGAUUCGAGAUCUUACGGCAGCCAAGGAGUUUGAUAGAAUCAAAAAAAUCAUCCAACAACUGUGUAACGAUUAUGCUUAUGCCGUUCAUCAGCCACAUGCCAGGAAUGGUGGUCUCAUUGGUCUGGCUGCUGCUGCUAUUGCAUUAGGCCCGGACCUUGCAAGAUAUCUUGACGAAAUCGUGCCACCAGUUCUUGCCUGCUUCACAGAUCAAGAUGCUCGACUAGGAGCAGAUUCGGAACUCUCUGUCAAAAAUGGUGCAGAACUUUUAGAUCGUUUGAUAAAAGAUAUAGUUUCCGAAUCUGCAGCUACCUACGUAUCUAUUCUUCAUACUUCUGAUGAUUCCACGUCUGAAUCUAAUAAAGAAACUCUUGAGGAUUCCGAAGAUCUUCCUACAGCCUUCUCCCUGGCCCGCUUCAUUCCCUUACUAAAAGAACGGAUCUACGUGAUAAAUCCAUUCACGCGAACUUUUCUCGUGGGAUGGAUAACUUUGUUAGAUUCUAUUCCAGACCUAGAACUUGUUUCUUUCCUUCCUGAAUUUCUUGGGGGGCUAUUUAAGUUCCUGAGUGAUCCGAAUCGUGAUGUUCACGUGGCUACUCAAGGUGCCAUUGAGAGAUUUCUUGGCGAAAUAAAGCGAAUAUCGCGCAUCAAGAAAGGAAUCGAAGAAAGUCGGAAAUCGCGCAGCGACACGAAACGGAAAAGGUCUGGCUCUAUGGACAGCGAAGGAUCGUUGGCACCAGACAUAGGCGCGGACGACGAUUCGGGUAUGGAUUUAGAUGACAAAGAUAUCAGCAGUGACGAUGACUGGGUUCCCGGUCAGGAUGUUCAUGUAAACCACAAAGAAAUCCUUGAGAUUCUUACCGCGAACUUGGAUACUCCAAUGGAAGAGGACAGCUUACUCGAAUCACUAAGAUGGAUUGUUGAAUUCCUUGAUAUUUGCCCUGAAGAAGUCCUUCCAUUUGCCCCAAAGAUAUUGGCUCAUCUGCUUCCAGCCAUGGCCAGUGGGGUGGAAACGAUUCGACAAGCCGCCGCCCGUGUUAACACAUCCUUAAUGGCUUACGUUGUAUCACUAUCAGACGAAGGUACUGCUUCAGAAAUUCCGUCUUCGGCAGCUUCUAGAUUUCUCGCCAUGAAAGAGUCUACUCCCAACGAACGAAGAGAUUCUUCCGCCACAAAUCGUGGCUCCUUGUCAGGGUCUCGUGAGCUUGAUAAACGAGAGAUAGAAGUACAAACUCCCCCACCUCCAUCGACCAAAGCACAAACACCCACACCGCCAUACCAGACACACGUAGAUCUAGAUUAUGCAGCAGCGGUUAGUUCGCUCACGUUGCUGUUUCUAAACGAUCACGAAGUAACCCGAGUUGAAGCUCUCAACUGGCUACUUAUGCUACACAGGAAAGCACCUAAGAAACUACUUGCGUUUAAUGAUGGCAUAUUCCCUGCUCUUCUCAAAACACUCUCUGAUCCAUCGGAAGCCGUAGUUACCAAGGAUCUUCAACUACUUUCCCAAAUAUCGAGGAAUAGCGAUGAUGACUACUUUACUUCUUUCAUGGUAAAUCUACUUCAGCUAUUUUCUACUGACCGGAAGCUCCUCGAAACUCGAGGAAACUUAAUCAUUCGGCAAUUGUGCAUUAACCUGAGUGCAGAACGAAUUUACCGAACUCUUGCAGAUUGCAUAGAAAAGGAAGAAGAUGUUGAAUUUGCAAGCAUUAUGGUACAGAACCUCAACAAUAACCUCAUCACUGCGCCGGAAUUAGCAGAUCUUAGAAAGAGACUCCGUAAUAUUGAGAACAAGGACGGUCAAGCUUUCUUCGUCGCUCUCUUCAGAUCUUGGUGCUACAAUGCUGUAGCCACCUUCUCACUGUGUCUUUUAGGGCAAGCUUACGAGCAAGCUUAUAAUCUUCUCCAGAUAUUUGCCGAACUUGAAAUGACAGUUAACAUGCUUAUUCAGAUAGAUAAGCUGGUGCAAUUAUUAGAAUCUCCAGUAUUUACAUAUCUCCGCCUCCAAUUACUUGAGCCCGAAAAAUAUCCUCAUCUAUACAAAUGUCUUUACGGCCUUCUUAUGCUGCUUCCCCAAUCAUCGGCCUUUGCAGCAUUGAAGAACAGAUUAAAUAGUGUUAGUGCGAUAGGUUAUCUGCACAUAGCACCUCGAGCGUACGUACCACCUUUAUCUCGUAAUAACAGUGUAGUGGACGCGAUUUCUACCUUUGCAUUCCAUCAACGUCAGAAGAGUGGCACAGAAACUCAUGGUUCUUCUCCUUCAUUUAGCGUUCAGACCACUGCGGGACCGUCAAACUAUGAUAGGAGUAGCAGAUUGAAAGGCAGGGAGGAAAGCGGUAUCAGGUGGGGAGAAUUACUCGAGAAGUUCAGAAGUGUACAAGAGAGGGCGAGGAGGGCGAGGAGACCCGGUGGCGAUAUUGAUGAUGGAUUAGGCGGAUUUGAGUCAAGGAUGGAGAGCGUAGAUGGUAGAGGUUUCAAGGAUCUAGCGAGAUUAUCGGGUCCGCCACCAACAUCUAAGGAGACGACAAGUACGGUACCCUCUGGGCCACAACAUACGAAAUCGAGAAGUAGCUUGGGGAAGUUUGGGAGAUUGGGAGGGGCGGUCGCGGGAGGUAGACCAAAGCGAUGA